AUGGAAAGAGAUUUUGGCGUAGCUCGGUGGGAAGUUGAAACACCAUCUCUAGUAAUGGACAGACACAGUUACCACUUAGCAGAGACAGGAGAGAGCAUUGAUGAUGUAAUAAAUGAAAAACCAACGAGAAAGGUAAUGGAGUACGGAGUGAAGAUGGAAUAUUGUGCUAAUGGCUUAACCAAGGACUAUUCAAAUGAAACGUGGUCACAAUGCUGGGCAUUUUAUGAGGAUUUCCUGAGUUCAUCCGACCAUCUGAUUUUAAAAAUAUCUCCUCGUCGUCGUCGUCACUUGGAUGUCUACUUAGGUGAUUCGUGUUUUUUAUGUGACUUAUUCUUUGACGAUGCCACUAUUUACAUGACUGAUGCUCAUCCGGAGUAA